CAGAGUUCCAAGCCGAUAAUGGAGAAAAAAAGACGAGCAAGAAUCAAUGCAAGUUUAUCUGAAUUAAAAUCACUAUUAUUAGAAGUUAUAAAGAAGGAAGGCUCGCGACACAGUAAGAUGGAGAAGGCCGAUAUACUUGAGAUGACCGUUAAACACCUGAGGCAGCUUCAAAGACAAAAAUUCACAGGAUCUCCCAAAACUGACACGAAUGUCUUGAACAAUUAUCGUCUAGGAUUUGAAGAAUGUGCUCAAGAAGUAACUCGAUAUCUAUCUCAAAUGGAAGUAUGUGAUGUGGACUUGAGAUCACGGAUAUUAAAUCAUUUA